AUGGUGAAGAAAGUAGGUCAGACUAAGUCAUGGCAGCAAAUUAAUGUUUUUCUACUAGUGGAUUAUGAUUCAGAGGGUACAGAUGAAGAUGAUGAUGAGUUAGCCACUGCUAGGUCUAAGAUAUCUGAUGAUAUGAGAAGGGAAAAGGCUUAUUUUGAGGAGUUAGUAAUGCUGAAAAAACUAGCAGAAAGUAAAGUAGAAGGUGGUCUGAAUUUGGGGGAUGACUUUGAUGGAUACAGUGACUUAGACAGCCCUAGUGAGUCAGAAGAUGAGGAUGAUGUUGGUUACUUAGUUGCACCACAACACCAUAAGAGGGGGAGAGGGAAACAGAAGCAAAACAACACUGAAACUGAAGAGAGGGAAGCCACUUUUUAUGUUGGGCAACAGUUUGAGAAUCCAAAGACAUUUAGGAAAGCAAUCAUAGAUUAUUCAAUUGAUAAAGGAAGAAACAUUCCAUUUUCUAAAAAUGAUUCCACUAGGGUUUGUGCAGAGUGUGAGCACAAAGAUAAAGGUUGUAAAUGGAGAAUUUGGGCUUCAUGGGAGAGAGGAAGAAGGUCAUUUACAGUGAAAACAUUUGUCAGUGAGCACACUUGUGGUAGGACACCUAUCAUUAAGAAGAUGACUUCACAUUGGAUUGCAGAACACUACCAGAAUCUGUUUAAGGUUAACCCUUACAUGAGAGUGCAAGAUAUUCAGGAAACCAUUUGGUUAGAAAAGGGUAUAAGGGUGAGCAAAGACAAGGCUGCCAGGGCUAGGAGAAGGGGUCAAGCACUCAUUGUUGGUGAAUACAAAGAGCAGUAUGCAUUACUCCCAAGGUAUGCAGCUGAGAUACUAAGAAGCAAUCCAGGGAACACAGUGAAGUUGAAGUUGGAUGCAAAUGUGUUUGACAGACUGUAUUUGUGUUUUGAGGCACUUAGGAAAGGGUUCUUGGCAGGAUGCAGACCUUUCAUAUCACUUGAUGGAUGUUUCUUAAAGGGACCAUUUGGGGGUCAAUUGUUAGUAGCAGUAGGGAGGGAUGGAAACAAUCAAAUGUUCCCUUUGGCUUGGGCUGUUUGUGAGGUUGAGAGCACUGACACAUGGAGUUGGUUUCUAGAACUUCUAGCUACUGAUUUAGGCACUAGUGAAGGAGCAGGGUACACUUUCAUGUCUGACCAACAAAAGGGUUUACUUGCUGCUGUGUCAAAUGUGUUUCCACAAGCUGAAAGUAGGGUGUGUGCAAGGCAUGUGUACUGUAACUUUAGGGGAGUGUUUGGAGGUGGUUUAGAGUACAGAAAACAAUUUUGGACUAUUGCAAAAAGCAACACAGUAAAUCACUUCAAUGAAAACAUUGAAGUAAUGAGGGGUAUUUCACAUGAAGCUGCUGAAGACCUACUGAAAAGGAACUACAAGAAAUGGUGUAGGGCAUUCUACACUCCAUUAUCUUGUUGUGACAGUGUAGACAACAACAUGAGUGAGGUGUUUAAUGCAUACAUCUUGAGUGCAAGGCACAAGCCUAUUAUUACCAUGUUGGAAGAUAUCAGAGAGGGUUUGAUGGAAAGACUGCAUAAGAAAAGAGAUUUCAUAGGGAAAAAGGAGAUAAUGUUGUGUCCUAGGAUCCAAAUUCAGUUAGAGAAACACAAAAUUUGGGCUAGGGGUUGGAAUGCAUACUGGGAUGGUGGGUUUUGCUAUGGAGUAAGAGAAGGUGCAACACAGGUUAAGUAUGUGGUGGAUCUGAACCAACAUACUUGCAGUUGCAAUGCAUGGCAGGUGAGUGGGAUUCCAUGCAAACAUGCAAUUGUUGCUAUAUGGAAUAAAGUAGACCACCCAGAACAAUAUGUCAAUGCAUAUUUCUGCAAACAGACCUACAUGAAGGCAUAUGAAUUUUUGUUAGAGCCUUUAAAUGGUCCUCAAGAGUGGCCUACUUCUGAUAGCAUUGUUGUGGCUCCAAAGGUGAAAAAGGUCAAUGGAAGACCUAAAACAAAGAGGAGAUAUGGUGUUGGAGAGGUAACUGCAUCUGGUAAGCUGAAGAGAACAGGUUGUUCUAUGAAAUGCAGCUUAUGUGGUGUGAUAGGCCACAACAAAAGGGGUUGCAAGAAUGCCCCUAAGCAACAACAACACAGCAACAAUCAUGCUACUGCAGAGCAGACCACACCACAGCAACAACACCCAAGAACCAGUUCAGCUAUACCAAUGCACAAUAGGGGUGUGGGUAUUUAUACCUACCCAAAUGGGUAUCAAAGAAUAGCUACUCCUAUAUCACAACACUUCCCCACACCACAGAGGCAAAGACCUCCUGCAGCUUUCUAUUCUGAUCAUGGGGGUGAGCAAACCAUCUACUCCUUCCCUGCACAUGACUUCCCAUUGUCACAGACUCAACCAAGUCAAGGACACACAAUAUCAAGCCAAGCAUUGCAGGAUCUUGCAAUGGCUAGAAGAUUAGAAAAAAGACCAUGAG